GGGCUACAUUACAGUACUGAGUUCAGCUGAGAGUGUGCCUCUUGGUAACGGCUUUUGUGGGCAUUAUGCUGUCAUGUGUUCUGUAUGGCGGGGUAUUAAGAUAAUCCUUUACACUGUGUUUACAUACCUUUUGUGAGUUGCUUGUUCCUGGCUUAUUAGAAAAGGGAAGUACUGUAUAGUUGUAACAAGUGGGGUACUGUUGCAAUUAUGUUCUGUUGUAGUGCAACAUGUUCCCACUAGUUUUCCUCAGAAAUGUCCCCUUUCCCAGUGCGUUACUAAGAAGUACUGUAUUUGUAUUAUUUCUUUGUCUCUCAGGAGCCUGCAGGCCAUUUUGAGUGUAUGUAUAGCCUAAGCCACAAAGUUAUCAGCGAUCUCAUCAUUUGAUGUCACUUCCUUUCUCUGUCGCCAUGGCGACUGUAAGAGCCCCAGAGCACCACAUGCAGGGCCAGUGAGGAGGCUUGAUGUCUGAUUCCACUCCGGACUGCCAGUGAAAUACAUGAUACUUACACACCGUGCUGCUGAAGUGUCCUUAAAAAGAGUCGCAGGUAUGGAGGAGGAGGGCAGGGUGAAUGGCUUUGGACUGAGGCCAGGGAGGAGGGGCUCAGAUUGGGGACGAAUCGCCCUGCUGGACAAGACCAAGGAGUUUUUCCGGACCUGUGAUGUGGAGGGCAAAGGCUUCAUCACCCGCACCGAUAUGAGGAGGCUCCACAGAGAGCUCCCUCUGACUGCGGAGGAGCUGGAGGAUGUGUUUGACUCUCUGGAUACAGAUCGCACUGGCUACCUCACACUGGAGGGAUUCUCCUCUGGAUUCAGUCAGUUCCUGCAUGGGCGGAGGAUCUCUGUGACUGAUGACCAAAAUCAGGCCCCUAGCCCUGUCUUUAGGGCCAAGGAAGCCCUUUAUCAGAGCCAAUGGGAAGCCAAGCUGUCAGGAGUUGAAGACGAGGAGGAGAGGCACUUCUCUAUGCUACUUGAAAGUCUCGGGGCCAGUAAUGUGUUUGAGGAUCCAGGCGAGGUGCGCAGUCUUUGGGCCCAGCUCAGGCGAGAUGAGCCUCACCUCCUGUCCAAUUUUGAGGAGUUCCUGGCAAGGGUCACCCACCAGAUUAAAGAGGCCCACCAGGAGAAGAAGGAGAUGGAGAGUGCUCUCCAGAGGAAGGCUGCAACACAUGACAAUGAGAUCCGUUAUUUAUAUGAAGAGAUGGAGGCGCAAAUAAAAAACGAGAAAGACCGGCUGCUGCUAAAGGACUCUGGACGUCUGCAGUUACGCAGCCAGGACCUGGAGUACCAACUGUUGUCGAAGGAGAAAGAGCUGGAACAUCUUUUCCAGAAGCAGAAAAGGUUAGAGCUCCAGUGCAGUGAGCUGAGCAGUGAGAAGCAGGAGAGCCAUGUGGAGAACGUCAAGCUAAAGAUGACCAACAACGAGCUGUCCCAGGUCCUGGAGAGCACCAGCCAGGAGCUGGCACUGGCCCAGGAACAGCUGGCCAUGCUGCAGGAGCAGGCUGCCCGGCUGCAGCAGGAGAAAGAGAUGGAAAUGUACAGAGUAACUGAGGGACUGCAGAGAGAGAAGCAGAGUCUCAUGAAGCAGCUUGACCUCCUCAGAGAGAUGAACAAACAUUUAAAAGAUGAGCGAGACAUAUGCUGCGGCGUACCCCGAUCCUCACUCAGAAAGAAGCAGAAGCAGAGAGCCGGCCUCGCCAACAUAUUUGAUGACGCUGGCCAGCCGCCAAAAAGAGCCCCACUGUUGGUGGACGGGUCCUACCAGUCUCUGGAGGCCUUGCCCAUAGAGCACCUUCAAAUCGUGUUUGUUGCUUCCUCCUCCUGUAGUGAGGAUGACACCACCACCACCACCACCACGCCCUCCUCUUCCACCACCACUGUUAGCGCCCCUGCAUGUCAACAACACCCUGCAGCAAAGAAAAACUCCAGCUUAGCCAACGGUUACGCCAACCCCGCUGCGCCCAAAGCAAUUGAUGUGAAGGCAAAGGUCAAAAAAUCACCCGGCAAGAUGGCCGCCGCUAAGAGGGUGACGGGUAAAGACAGAGAAAGAGCAAAGAAAGUGGAGGUUGAGAAGAAGAGAGGGGUAGAAGAGGAGGUCCUAGACAGCCCUCUGGACGGGUGGCCCCUCCGUCGAGUCAUCUCCAUCGAGGAGGACCACCUGCCCCACCUGCUCCAGGGAGGGCCUCAACCUUUACUGCACCAGCUCAGUGAGGAGGAAGACGAGGCGGGUGAUGAGGAGGAAGAGGAAGCUCAGAGUGAAAUUGAAAUGGGCGUUGUCGCGGCAGCGGGCCUCUCUGCUGUCCCAAACUCUAGUCACCCUGCUCCUCCGGCGAGGAAAUCCCGCUUUAGCCGCGCCAAAAAGACGCCCGCGUCUCCAAGAGGACAGCCUGUCGGGAAGGAGGCCCAGCAAGCAAAAGAAGGAGCCCUGUUUGUACCAGACCGUCUGUUUAAAGUGGUCCUAGUUGGCAACUCGAGUGUAGGCAAGACAUCCCUGCUACGCUCCUUCUGUGAGGGCCGUUUCCACCCUUCCACAACUGCUACUGUGGGUAUUGACUACAGUGUGAAGACACUAACCCUGGACAAUAUGCAGGUAGCCAUGCAGCUUUGGGACACAGCAGGUCAAGAGAGGUACCGCAGCAUAACCAAGCAGUUCUUUCGCAAGGCAGACGGUGUGGUGGUGUUGUACGACGUCACGGUGGAGGAGAGCUUCAAGGCUGUGCGACCCUGGCUCAUCAAUGUCCAGGAUGCAGCAGGAGAAGGGAUCCCUGUCCUCCUUUUGGGCAACAAAAUGGACAUGGAUGGCGACAGGGUGGUGUCAUUCAAGGAAGCUGAGAGACUGGCUUAUGAGAACAAGGUGAUGUUCUUUGAGGUCAGUGCCUACACUGGCAAGAAUGUGACAGAGUCUCUGACACACUUGGCCAGGUAAGUGUCUGACAUAAUGAGUGUUAAUGGAGCAGGAGGACAGGGUGAGAGACACAACAGUCAUCCUCAGUGCUCAGCCCGUAAAGAAGAAAGCCUGUUGCAAGUGAAGUGUAUACUCUAUUUACUGACUUAUUUCUGGACAUUGGACUUGUUUUAAGACAUUGCAAUGAAAUCAUUCUUGGACCUUA